UUUUUUUUUUAAGAUUAUUUACUUCUUUGAGAGGCAGAGUUACUGACAGAGAAAUACAGAGCUGUUCCAUUUGGUGGAUCAAUCCCAAAUGACCGCAACAGCCAGGGCUGGCCAGGCUGAAGCCAGGAGCUUCUUCUGGGUCUCCCGCUUGAGUGUAGAGGCCCAAGUACUUAGACCACCUUCUGCUGCUUUCCAAGGUGCAUUAGCAGGGAGUUGGAUCAGAAGUGGAACAGCCGGGACUUGAACCACCAUCCACAUGAGUUGGCAGUGUUGCAGGCUCCGGCCCAUCACUCUUUUCAUACUUACCCUCUGCUGAAUGCCAGUGACCAGCAACCUGCCUGUCUUUCCCAGAGAGGCUCCCGGACCGCUGCAGGGCUCCGAAGACAGCUAGGGCCCAGAAACAGCAGCAGGAAGGGCACGCACACUUCCCCAGGGGAUAAGACUCUUCCUCCCCGUUAACCAUUACCCCACUGCUUCCCAGGCAGCGUCUUCAAGGAGGCGGGACCUGGGAGGGGGUGAGUGGGAGGGUCAGCUGGUUGAAAUGGACCUUGUCCCUGCUCUGAGCACUGGGCGACUGGUCCAACCAUGAAGGCAGCUGCAGAUCUUCAGGACACAGCAGCCCUGAAGUUUAAGUUUAAUCCAAAGCUGGGCAUUGAUAAUCCUGUCCUCUCCCUGGCUGAAGACCGAGACCCCUCUGAUCCCUGGAGCCUGGAACGGCCUCGCUUCUGCCUGCUGAGCAGAGAGGAGGGCGGGAGUUUUGGCUUCCACCUGCAGCAGGAGGCGGGCAGGGCUGGGCAUGUGGUGUGCAGGGUGGACCCAGGCAGCUCUGCCCAGCGCCAGGGUCUCCAGGAAGGGGACCGGAUUCUGGCGGUGAACAAUGACGUCGUGGAACAUGAAGACUAUGCAAAGGUGGUGCGCUGCAUCCGGGCCAGCGGCCCUCGGGUGCUGCUGACGGUUGUGGCUCGACACGUGCAUGAUGUGGCCCGAGCUCAGCAUGGGGACGACGCCCACCUCUGUCCUGCCCUGGGCCCCCAGGUCCGACCACGGCUGUGCCACGUAGUGAAAGAUGAGGGUGGCUUUGGCUUCAGUGUCACCCACGGCCAUCGGGGCCCUUUCUGGCUGGUGCUGUGUGCUGGAGGAGCGGCUGAGCGUGCAGGGGUGCCCCCUGGGGCCCGGCUGCUGGAAGUGGACGGGAUCAGUGUGGAGAAGUUCACUCACAGCCAACUCAGCAGGAAGCUUUGGCAGAGUGGAGAGCAAGUGACCCUGCUGGUGGCAGGGCCAGAGGUGGAGGAGCAGUGUCGCCAGCUGGGAAUGCCCCUGGCUGCCCCCCUGGCAGAGGGCUGGGCACUGCCUACCAGGCCCCGAUGUCUGCAGCUGGAGAAAGGGCCUCAGGGCUUCGGGUUCCUGCUCCGGGAGGAGAGGGGCCUUGAUGGUCGCCUUGGGCAGUUCCUGUGGGAGGUGGACCCAGGACUGCCUGCCGAGAAGGCCGGGAUGCAGGCUGGGGACCGGCUGGUGGCUGUGGCUGGGGAGAGCGUGGAGGGGCUGGGCCACGAGGAGACAGUGUCCAGGAUCCGGGCACAGGGCGCUUGUGUCUCUCUCGUCGUCGUCGACCCUGAGGCUGACCGCUUCUUCAGAAUGGUGCGCCUCUCCCCACUCCUCUUCUUGGAGCACACAGAGGCCAUCGCCGCCACCCAGGACACCCACGUGGCUGCUCUGGUUGAGUCCGAGGAUGCGUGCCUUGAAGAUGCCGCCGAGCCUCCACUCCCUCCUGGCUCCUGCCGGUGCCUCCUGUACCCUGGGCCUGGCGGUGGCUAUGGCUUCCGACUCAGUUAUGUGGCCAGUGGGCCUUUUCUCUUUAUCUCCCAGGUGACUCCAGGAAGCUCCGCUGCCCGCGCAGGGCUGCAAAGGGGAGACAUGGUUCUGGAGGUGAACGGGGUCUCCGUGGGUGGAGAUGGCACCCCGCAAAGGCUUCAGCAGCUGGCGGAGGCGGAGCCACCCCUCUGCCUGAAGCUGGCGGCCAGGUCUCAGUGGGGCUCGGAGGCCUGGACUCCCCCCGGGUCUGGAGAGCCAGCCCGAGGUGGUGGCAAGGAUGCUAUCACUCAGCCGGAAGCUGGGGCUGGAGGACUUGGACACCACCCACCGCAGCACUGCCCGGGAGCCCCCUCCCUUGCCAUGGCCCAGCUGUCAGCAGAAGGGCUGGGGCAGAGGCCUCGGGGGCCUCAGGUGCCGGGGGAUGUCCCUCGGUGGCUGUAGAUGGCUGCACCCCGAGGACUAAGUUUUGCCUGAGAAGGGGGUGCUGUGGGGCUGGCUGGGCUGGAAGCCCUCUGGGACUUGACCUAGGUGCCACUCUGGGACUCUCUGGGUCCAAGAAUUGGGAGACCCAGCAACCCCCUCCCUGAGUGGGCACCUUCGGGCUGGGGGGGCUGGCCCCUGGACGCUGUGUGUCUGUUAUUUAAAUGGCCUUUCCCCAUAAAUCGGACUGCCUGUGUUUUUGUUGGUGGAGAUAUGGGGCAGUGGUUUAAAGGGAGCUGGAGGUCCCAGGCUCGGGGGCUGGGCUCCAGUUUCUGUAGGAGAAGGGGUGGGACUUUGCCGGUUUUCUCUCUCAUCACUCAGCCUUGUGGAUCAAGGGACGGGAUGCUCAGAACAGAGGUGUCCCCACGGAAGCCACUCCUCUAUGACAAAAGGCCACAGCCCACGGUUCAGCUGAGUUCUCCUUCAGGAUGUUUUAUUUCUGGGGUCUCAGAGGGUCCCAGAGCCCAGAGGCUGGCAGCUUCAAAGAU